AUAUUUGUUUUGUGUAAACUUUAGCGUGGUUCGGUUUAUUUCACAUGUACGCUCGUCCCUGGAAAUCCUGCCUCCUGGGCAAUCUCAUCCACAGAAAAGUCCGGAAAUGCAAGUCACUGCAUCGCUGUUUAACGUCUGGAGUGGAGGAUGCCACUGUCGAAGCAGUUUUCUCCAACAAUCGCACCCUCACCUUGACUUCCGGAAAGUACGCGAGAUUUGCAAAUGGAAGCGUUGUGGCCCAAAUGGGGGAUACAGCUGUUAUGGUGACAACUGUGGCCAAGCAGAAACCCACAUCCGGAGGAUUUGUUCCACUUGUUGUGGACUACAGACAGAAAUCCGCUGCUGCUGGACGCAUUCCCAUGAAUUUUCUCCGCAGAGAAUUGGGUCCGUCUGAGAAGGAGAUUCUCUCAGCGAGGCUAAUUGAUCGAUCAGUGCGGCCACUAUUUUCACAGGACUUCCGCUAUGAAACGCAGAUCGUUUGCAAUCUCCUGGCUGUGGAUAACGCCAAUCUUCCGGAUAUUUGUGCCGUGAAUGCAGCCUCAGCGGCACUCAGUGUUAGUGAUAUCCCCUGGAAUGGUCCCAUAGGGGCUGUCCGUGUUGGUCUGUGUGACAAUGAGAUUAUCAUUAAUCCCACAAGGAGAGAACUUCAAGCUUCAUCGUUGGAUUUGGUGGUCACAGCUACAAAGCAGAACUUAGUGGUGAUGCUGGAGGGACGUGGGGAUGUCGUUCUGUUGAAUGAUGUUCAGAAAGCCAUCAAGCAGGGAACGAGAGAAGCGCAGCAUGUUAUAAAUUCCAUUGAGAAGCUCGCAAAGACACACGGAAGGCCAAAGAGGGUCUUGGAAGCACUUCCAGAAGUUCCGGAGGAGGUUUUUCAAGCACUUCGGAUGGCCAGUGAGAUUCGUCUCAGGGAAAUAUUUCGUGAUACCACGCACGACAAGAUAAGCAGGGAUGUUGCGGUAACAGCUGUGAGAACAGAAGUGCUGGAGAAGGUUCGUGGGGACUUUCCGGACACGGAGGGAUACCUCAUUGAGGGAGCUUUCAACAAAUACUGCCGAGAAGUGUUCAGGGAGUUGAUAUUUGAGCGGGAUUUACGGUGUGACGGAAGAGGAAUGGAUGAUUUGCGGAACAUCAGCUGCCGGAUUGAUCUUCAUAGACCCCUUCAUGGUUCAGCGCUCUUCCAGCGUGGACAGACGCAGGUCUUUUGCACAGUUGCUCUGGAUUCCCAGGAGAGUGCAUUGAAGCUGGACACAAUCUCUGCUCUUGAUUCUGGAGCGAGAGCCAAGAAUUUCUUCCUGCACUACGAAUUCCCACCGUAUGCGACGGGAGAAGUGGGCAGGAUUGGACCAAUUGGACGAAGAGAGAUGGGUCAUGGUGCUCUGGCUGAGAAGGGACUCAUGCCCACACUCCCGAGCGAUUUCCCCUUUACAGUACGUUUAACGUCGGAAGUGCUGGAGAGCAAUGGUUCGAGUUCCAUGGCGAGUGUUUGUGCUGGAUCCCUGGCUCUCAUGGAUGCUGGCGUCCCUGUGAGUGCUCCAGCGGCUGGAGUGGCUAUUGGACUUGUGACAAAAUGUGAGGACACGAAGCACCUUGAAGACUAUCGCCUACUCACAGAUAUCCUGGGCAUUGAGGAUUACAUGGGGGAUAUGGAUAUGAAGAUUGCAGGUACACGGAAGGGCCUAACAGCCAUCCAGGCGGACAUCAAGAUUCCCGGAUUGCCCCUGAAGGUCGUGAUGGAGGCUCUGCAGAAGGCCACGGAUGCCAAAGGGAAGAUCCUGGACAUCAUGAAGCUCACAAUUUCCGAAUACAGACGCGUGAAGAAGGACAGCUGGCCGGUGAGCGAUAAAAUCACAGUAGAACCCCAUCAGAAGGCUAAACUAAUCGGCCCUGGGGGCGUCAAUCUCCGGCGGAUCUACCUGGAAACAGGGGCUCAGCUAACAGCAGAGUCUGAAACGAUAUUCACCCUCUUUGCCCCUUCAGUGGCGGCAAUGGAUGAAGCCCGGGAAUUCAUUGAGGAACUCCUGAAGGCCGACAAGGUGCCAGAUCUGGAAUUUGGUGGCAUUUACACGGCAAAGAUUGUCGAUGUCAAGGAUAUUGGGGUCAUGGUGACCCUCUACCCUUCCAUGCCACCUGCCCUGCUGCACAACUCACAGCUAGAUCAGCGGAAAAUUGCUCAUCCGUCAGUUCUGGGGUUGGAAGUGGGUCAGGAGAUUCAGGUGAAGUACUUUGGGCGGGAUCCCGUGUCUGGAUUCAUGCGGCUCUCGCGGAAAGUACUUCAGGGACCCAGUACGACUGUCCGGAACCUCGAUAAGGGGGGUGAACAGAAUGGUGUAGCGUGAUUUGUAGACGUAGGAAUAAAUUGAGAAUAAAGUUUUUACUGUAAAUAGUA